AUGCAUCACACCCCUCGAUGCAGCUGGUUGCAUGUCGACAUGCCCAUGCUUGCGCAAGCACAAGGCCAACACUCUGAGCUCUCACCUGCGCCUAAAACAGAUGCACCUCAGAUGAUCUGCGGCAAGCAAGGGGGCCGGACUUUCAGCAAGUGGCAAGAGGCGAUUGCGGCAUCCUUCUCUGGUGGAGCGCUGCCAAAGGCAACAAAAGAGGCUUUACUUGCUUAUAGCAAGGCGCAUGCGUGGAGACAGGCCUUGCAACUCCUGCCGCGGCAUUCAAGCGAGCUGCAACAUCGCCGGCCGGUGGUAAUCAUGAAUGGCAUCGCCAACGCCUGUGAGAAGAAUUCUGCUUGGCUGCAUGUGGUUUGCAUGCUGGAGACUGUGCAGCAGCAGGCACUGGAGGCCACCGUCGUGAGCUUCUCCUGCGUCACAGCGGCCCGCGCGCGCUGCGCAUCGAAGCGCUGGCGUGGGGCACUGGCAGUGGCGGCGCAUUGCGCGCUGCAGGGGGUGGAAGCCAACGUUGUGCUGCACAACGUUAUCACAAGUAUUUGCGAGAAGGUGCAGCAAUGGCGGACCGCAUUGGACGAGCUCGAGCAUUUGCCUGCUAUGCCCAUUCGGCCUGAUCUCAUUACACAUAACGCUGCGAUCAGCGCGUGCGAGAAGUCUGGCCAGUGGACUGCUGCACUGGCGCUUCUCAGCGGGCUUAGCUUAAAGAUGCUGAAAGCCGAAGAUGUAGCCUACAACGCAGCAAUCAGUGCUUGUGGUAGAGUUGGCCAGUGGCAGAGGGCUUUGGAAUUGCUUGCUGGCAUGCCAAGGAAGCAUGUGCGCCAGAGCGUGGUGUCGUUCAAUGCCGCCAUUACAGCAUGCUCUUCAAGCUCAUGCUGGCAGCAGGGGCUGGACUUGCUGAGGGCAUUGCCCAUGAUGGAGUUACAGGCAAAUGUGGUGACCAUCACUGCAGUGAUCACCACUUGUGCUGGAGCUGGAGCCUGGGAAGCUGCUGUUCAAGCUUUAUGCGAUUCCGCGCGGGUAGAGCCAUCGCUGAUGACAUACAACGCGCUUCUAUUUGCACUCGCACAUGGAGAAAAGUGGCAAAAAGGCCUGGAGCUGUUGGACCAUUUGAGAGCCGUCAGCAUAGAGCCAGACGCGAUAUCCUGCAACACCGUGAUCACUGCCUGCUCUCGGGCAAGUCAGUGGCAGCAAGCGCUGGUUCGACUGCAGCAUAUCUCUCUUCUGGGCAUCCAGCGCAGUAGCGUCAGCUUCAAGGCCGCAGCAGGCAGCCAGUGGCAUUCCUCAUGGGCGUUGCUGGAGGCCAAAUGGCAGUGUCAUGGCAAGGGUUCCGACGAUUGGCGGGCCGAUGCUGCGGCAAGCGGGCGCUGGCAGCUGGCACUCACACGUCGGGGGGCCGUUGGGGCGCUGGUCGUGCAGAGCUGCGAUUGGCGGCAGGCCUUGGCCUUGGGCGAGGGCCUGCAGGGCUUGGCAGUGGCCGUGGGUGCGCUUGGGGCGCGGUGGUGGGCGGCGGUGGCCCUCAUCAAACGUAGGAAGCUUGACGUUGUCACGGUGGGUGCCCUGAUCAGCACCAUGGAGAAGGGAUGGCAGUGGCGGCAGGGCAUGCAUAUGCUUGGCAGUUUGGGGGCCAGAGCCAUGCAGCCCAGCCUUUUGGUGUGUAGUGCUGCUGCCAGUGCUUGUGAAAAGUGCGUGCAGUGGAUGCGGACAUUGGCCCUGCUUAAGCUGACAGCCUGUUGUUCUGAAAGUGAUGAGGAAGGCGACCUGGCCUACGUCCACAAUGCGGCUCUGAGCUCCUGCGAGAAAGCCUUCCUAUGGCCUCAGGCUGUGCAGUUGUUGGCCUUUCUCUCAAUCCAAGGGCGUGCAGACGUCAUUACGCAUAGUGCAGCCAUCAGUGCUUGUGAGAAGUCCGGCCAGUGGAAGCGUGCCACAGCUCUCUUGACCGACGUCCAGCAACGGCAGAUCCAACCCAACGUGAUCACGUUCAAUGCAGCGAUCAGUGCAUGUGACAAAGGGGAGGGGCUGCGGGCGAUAGCCAAACAGAAAAAGAAGAUGACAAUUUAUCCAUGUGCAUCGACGUAG